CUACAAAAGUUUUACCUCAUCUCAUCAUCACUCUCAUCACUCUCAUCAGCAAAGAGAGAGAGAGAGAGAGCUAGACUACUGCGGUGAAGAACAUGGCCGAAUCCAGUAAGCUCCAUGCUCUCUUCUUCAUUUGCUUGCUCUUCAUCUCCUCAGCCACUCCCAUUCUUGGCUGCGGUACUUGUGGCAAGCCUCCUCCAAAGCACAAGCCUAAGCCUAAGACCCCCGUCGUCAAGCCCCCCGUCGUCAAAGUCCCUCCGGUCAUCCCUCCCAUUGUUAAACCACCAGUCACAAUCCCACCCGUUGUCAAACCACCAGUUAUAAUCCCUCCCAUUAUCCCACCCGUUGUCAAGCCACCAGUUAUAGUCCCUCCCAUUAUCCCACCCGUUGUCAAGCCACCAGUUAUAAUCCCUCCCAUUAUCCCACCCGUUGUCAAGCCACCAGUUAUAAUCCCUCCCAUUAUCCCACCUGUUGUCAAACCACCCGUUAUAAUCCCUCCCAUUAUCCCACCCGUUGUCAAGCCACCGGUUAUAAUCCCUCCCAUUAUCCCACCCGUUGUAAAGCCACCGGUUACAAUCCCACCAAUUAUCCCACCCGUCGUCAAGCCACCGGUUACAAUCCCACCCAUUGUUAAGCCACCAGUUACAAUCCCACCCAUCACUGUCCCACCCAUUUUGAAACCGCCAGUGACCCUGCCUCCUAUAGUGCCACCUGGCAUAAUCCCUCCAGUCAUAGGAGGAGGGCCACCGGGUAAAAAGCCUCCGAGUCCCGGGAAACCAUGCCCUCCUCCUGCCGGGGCUCCGGGUGCCAAGGAUACUUGUCCCAUCGACACGCUGAAACUGGGUGCUUGUGUGGAUCUUCUUGGUGGGUUGGUGCACAUUGGGCAAGGUGACCCAGUGGUAAAUGAAUGCUGCCCAGUGCUGCAAGGGCUUGGUGAACUUGAGGCUGCCGUGUGUCUCUGCACAACUCUCAAAAUCAAGCUUCUUAACCUCAACAUCUUUGUCCCGAUUGCUCUUCAGCUCCUUGUCACUUGUGGCAAGUCACCUCCUCCUGGUUACACCUGCUCUCUCUAAAAGAAAUUAAGUUGCUAGGUUGAUGGAUAUCCAAGGAGAGCUAGGGAGGGAAUCGUCAUGAGAGGAUGUCGAGCUUCCCCUUGUUCCAUGUUUAAUCUUUUCUUCUUUAAUUGGUAUUGAGCUGAUGCUUUGGCUUUGAUCUUAUUAAUGUACACACCAUUUGUUUUAAAUUUGUUGCACGUGUGUUUUAUCUCAGGAAAGCAAUCAAACAUGCUUUUGAAUUAAUUUUAAA